UGUAAAAUGGCACCACAUUUUUCCAGGAAACCACACCAUAGAUUUCACAAGCAAAGUACUGCAUUCAACCAGCAGAAAAAUCCAAGGAGUCAUCAGCUCAGCACUGGGAAUCAAAUUCCUUUGUGAUACUGAAGAAAUCUUGAAUUUGAAUGAUGUAUCAUCUGUGGAUCACAUUGUAAAGAACAUCCCAAAGUUGUUGUAUCACUUAUAUUUUAAAUUUAUUGGGAUAGAAGUGAGUCGGCAACUAGUCAUUUUUGCUGUGCUCUUGAACGUGAUUUGGAUAUUAUCUAGUAUAUUCCUCUUUAUAGGUAACUCGUACAAGAAGAAAGGAAUGCUACUUCCAUGGCUGAUCGUGAACCCUUUCGUGACUGCUACUGGUUAUUUAGCUGUUAUUUAUUAUAGCUACAUCUUCCUUGACACUCUGCAAAAUCCACUUGUAAUAGACAUAAUGGAGGCUCUGAAAACAAUCUCAUGUUACAUGUGUAUCUUUGCGUCUUUUGGAAUAAUAUCGCCUUGCAUCAACACCGCUUUUGAAGUAUAUGCAGCAAGAAGAUUUUCCGAGAUCAGCAAACCAGUCCGUAUAGUAGGAAUACAGACAGUCCAAAACAGUACUCACGUAAUAACUAUGACGAACUCAGUACAACCUUUGAUGUCACCAAAUUACAUUCCCUGCUAUGAGUUAAUAGCUGAUCGUACUCCAACUGCACCAGUAAACAAUGAUCAUGAAUACCAGUGUACAAGUGCUGGAAACAAUUCACAAUUCAUGCCAGAAGACGCUUAUCCUGAUCAGACGAAAGAUUCGCUUCCACUUCUGUAAAAUUCAGUAAGAGUGAGGAAAAACAUGAAGAUGUCGAUUUCUACACAAGAAGCAUUUUUUUUUAAACUUUUCUAAAAAAAGAAGUAAAAAAAUUAUUUGCCAUAGUUUUAUGUGUUUCUUUUAGCCCUUGAACGAAGUAAGUAUUUUAAAGUUUGUAUGUGCUUAAUUGAAAAUUUUGUGACUGUAUUUAUUGAAAUUAAUAUGUUAAGUUUGUGUAUAAAACCUUUGUGUAAAAAAAAAGCACAAAAAACAUGUGAACAUUUUGUGCGUCAACAAAGUUUAUGUUUUGGGGGAAUUUACCACCAAUAUGAGUGAAGGUCUUCUUCAGCUUUCAGUAUACUGAACACAUGUAUAAACGAAUCUUUUUCUUCUUUUCAGCUAUCAGUGCUUAAAACCUCAAUAAAAACAAAUAAUUAUUUUUAGUAAAUAACAAUAAUACAAACAAAUAUUCAGUUUUGAAUCUACUGAACACCAAUGUUAAGUUUAACCAAAUAUGUGAUUAUGAUAACCGCGUCAUAGUAGGUAACUAGAAAACUCAACUUAAUUGAAAAUCUUAAACUAUCUGUCCAGUAAGAAACCCCAAUAUAUAAUUACAAUGAAUAAUUUUAAAUAAUUUAAAUUAUAAUGCACCAAGAAGCUAGAUAAUUUAGAGACAUAUUUAUUUAGCCCAAAUCACAAUUGACAAGAUACUAUUCAACAUAGCUAUAUCGAUAGAUAACUGAUAGCUUCUAAGAUACAAAGUCAUUCAUUGAUUAACUGAAAUGUAAACAGCACGCAGGCUUUUUUAUUGUUCGUCUACUUGUGUUGACCAAUAUUAGCCACGUGACCACAGUAGACUAGAAAUUCUUAAAAUUGUAGACCUCUAUUCAUCUAAUGGAAUGGUGUAUUGCUAUAAGGACGUCAGUGUUGAGACUUGUGCAACUUUGAAGUAAUGUGUUCUCAAGCAAGGUCACUUACUAGCCGUUUCUCAGUGUUAUAAGAUCCAUGCUAUCACGUGCGAACGGCGUGACUUGUGUCAAGGCAAAGGAAACAGAAGCCACUGUUUCUAAACUGUAGUUUUUAGUAUAUACGAGAAUAUAUAUUUUUAGUGCCUUAUCCUUGUUUACAUUAGAAAUUGUAGUACACGUUUUUUUUUAGAUAGUACUUUUACAGAUUUGGAUUAAUAUGUUAGUAAUUUGUUAUUUCUUUAGCCUAUUAUAUAAAAUAAUCAUAUAACUAUUUGUACACGUUUUUUGGUAUAUAUGACUAUCAACCAUUGUUUAUUACAAUUAUGUAGUAAAAUAAAUUAAUGUAAAUCAAGUUAUUUUCACAUAUCAAUAAUAAAAUAUCUUUGGUUUUGUACAUAAUCAAGUAUCGCGUUGAAAUUGUUUUGUCCUAAACUUACAGCAUGACAGGAAUACAUAAGUUUGUUGUUGGUUUUUUAAGUUUUACAUGUCACAAAUGUUAAUAAUAAUCUCAGUUAUAUAAAAAUAGCUUCAAGCCUGCAUGGCCUGGUAGUAGUUAGGGGCCUGGACUCGCAAUCUGCAGGUCCCUUUCAGCCGUGGUAGCGUUAUAAUGUGGUGAUCAAUCCUAUUCUUCGUUGUUAAAGAGUAGCCCAAGAGUUGGCGGUGGGUAGUGUUGACUAGCUGCCUUACAUCUAGUUAUCACUUCUAAAUUAGGGACGGCUAACGCAAUAGUCCUCACGUAGCUUUGC